CAGAUCUGGUCUAUUCCCGAAACGUUCCAAUCCCGUUGCAAUAGUAAAUCGCAGACAAAAACACUACAAAAUUAAACAAAUUAAAAAAAAGUUGGUUGGUUUGGUGAUAGUUAUCAGUUAUGGGUGUUUAAAACUGACAGACUGAUAUACGAACCAGUUUUAAAAUUCACUGCCGCCAGAAAAAGGCAAUUGAGUGUCGUGACGACAGUCCAAUCGAUUGUUGCACGAAUUAAAAAUAAAACAAACAAUUGUUAAAGAAACACGGAUACCGGAAGUUAAUACCAUGUUUUAUACGUAUAAGCAACAAGGAAUGACUAUAACUUAACUACAGAUAAAAAACGACCAAUGCGGGUGUGGCCUAUAGCACACAUGUGCAAGCAACAAUGAACGGAGGAUACAUGCUGUAAAGAAAGGAUCCAUCAACGGAAAUGCGGCUGUACACUCAACUGACCAACGGAAAAGCAAUAACUAGCAACUAGUACAUAUAUAAAGAUCCCACGCAAUCUUUCAUCAGUCAGGACUUUUCACUAUGUUUUCCGAGGGCUAUGACACCGAUGAACUGGACACCAUCGCCGAUGUGAUGGGUCUUCGAUCGCAGGCCCGACUCAACACCUUUCGCGAAAUGUGGUACCAUGUCUUUUUGUGGGCACUAUUCUCCUCAAUUUUCAUCCACACCUGCGCCGCCGUGGUGGCCUUCGUAACGCUCCGGAAACACAAGUUUGGAAGGUUCUUCUCGAUCCUCAUCCUUGUCAUGGGCUUCCUGUCACCGGCCUCAAGUGGAAUCAUCAGUAGUGCGGUUAUUGCUUUUGUGCAUCGAGCCUCCAGUUUGCCCAUGUCGCCCAUUUACGCCAUGAUCUGGGGUCUUGGACAAACCAUAGUCUCCGCCUGCCUAGGAUUCACCCGGAUUUUGGCCACGCUAUAGAGUACGGACUGAAGUUUUUCCACGACAACACUCUCAUCUUCUCUCGCCCAAUUCAAUGUUCACAGAGUUCUGGCUUUCGACUGGACAUAUUAUCAAUUCUUCAGGUGUGCAAACAACAAUUAAUUGAAUUCAUAGUAAUGUGUAUAGGAACAUUGUGAUUUUUAAAUUAUACCUAAUACGAGAAGAAAAAUAAUGUAAAAUAUUUAGCUCUUACUUUAACAUUUAAUUCUAAUUGUACAUAACUAAGAAAGCUAAUAUAUGAGCAGAUUCUAAAGCUAA